GAUACAGCACCAGCACCACGCCAUCACACAAAAUGCGGUUACAAAGAUUAAUCGCCCUGCUCGCAUCAGCAACCUCGACAUACGCCCUGAGAGACUCGUCGCCCUUUUUUCUCCUCUCCACGGAGACGUCGCAAAGCAUACCCAGCGACCAGCUCGCAACCGCCUCCCACCUCGAAGACGGCCUCAUCUCCGCCCUCUCGAAAUGCGAUUCGAAUCUCUAUUUCUUCGUCACAUAUCCCGGUCUUCACAGUCGAGAUCUCUCCAGCAGUGAUGCGAUGCCCGAACUACAGAAACGGGUCAAGAACUGCGACUACAAAUCGGUAGUCCAGAUCCCAGAAGUGAUCGGCGCCACAGAUAUCGCACGAGUAGCGCACUCCGUGAGCCAAAAUUGUCGGAUCGAAGAGUUUAGUCUCAAAGAUGGCAUGCCAGAGAAUAAGAAAAAGGCCAUCUUCGGACCUAUGACUCUUCCUUCCCUCACAUCUGAUGCGGCCGAGAAGAGGAUGGAAGAUAUUCAGAGUCAGGACUGGUUACUCAAUUCAAAGAUCAAGGAUUUGGUUGCGAAUCAUACGAAGCAUACAAUUCUGCUGGUUGGUGUGCCGAGUGAGGAGCACAAGACUGCUACUCUGGAGUGGGAGCAGGAGGAUGAGCCGCCUUUCGAGAGGAAUAUGCAUACAGAUUUGAAGAGGGACUUGGAGACGGGGUUCAAGAGGCAAACGAAGAAGAGCGAUAAUCCGCAAGAUGAGUUGCCGCUGUUUGAGAAGUAUCAGUUUUUGAGUCCUGGUAUUUUCAUGGGUCUGACUGUCUUCUUGCUCCUGUUUGUUAUCCUCUACGUGGGUAUCACGGCCAUAGCGGGACUUGAGGUUUCGUACAUGUCCUUCAGCAAGGAGAUGGGACCAAAUGCGCAGAAGAAGCAGCAAUAGGGAGAGUCGGGGGCAGCGUAAGAGCGCGUGUAUGAGCAAGAUCAAGAUAUGUACAAUGAAAGACUCAGAACUUUUCCAGUGAUACGGCGUUUCAAGGGGAAAUUUGGAAAAUAAGAUCGAGCCAGGAUGAAUCCCGUUCAUGAUUUGGAAUCGUAAUUGCUCUUUACGAAGGACGAACUUCUUUCAGUGACGG